AUGGCUUAUCCGUUUGGAUUUUUCUGUGUUGCAAUCCUUGCUACAUUAAUUUUCACUUCAUUGGCCAAGUUUUCUGUUGGACGACUUCGACCACAUUUUUUGGCAAUAUGUGACCCUCUAAUUAAUGGAAAGGAAAAAGAAGCUCAUUUUUGUUCUCUUCCAGAAAAUCAACAUUUUUAUGUUGAGAAUUAUACUUGUGCAAAUACUUCAAAUUCUUCUUUGAUUUUUGAGGGUCGUCUAAGUUUUUUCAGUGGCCAUUCAAGUUUAUCAAUGUGCGCUGCUGUCUUCACUGCUGUAUGUAUUAACUUAUUGUUAGAGUUUUUUUUAAAUCUAGGAAGGUUCAUAUAG